AUGGAGAAUAUCCGUCUUGCCGUAAGGCAAUCGAUUCAAGCUGGAGAUCUAAAAGAACCUGUUAUGCUGGACGAAAAUGCGGAUCAUACAUCUGAACUGAUUAGUCUGUAUGCGUUGUGGAUGGACGUGUCUGCACACCUUGCCCAAGAUGCAGUAAAUGAAAACAUACUAGCAACUGGACAUGUUUUGAGAAAUCAUCCUCGAGAGACACCAUUGACAGAAGAAGACAAGAAAUCUGCUGGGGAAAUAUAUGCCUGGCUGGCCCGGUUAUCUUUGCCAUCAUCCAAAUUCGCUGCGUCCUUAGAGGCAAAUUAUUCAGCAAAUAAAGAUAAAGAGUCUGGGUUGUCUGCUACGCUCAAAGCCCAGCAAACCACAUAUACACUUGCCAUAUCAUGCAUCAGACGACUUAAUGACAUAGUGCCAAUACUAGAAGUCACGAACCCAGAUGAAAUAUUCUUAACUCUCUUGAGUUUUACUUCUCCACACGACCCCUGGACGACGGAUACAAGUCUCCAGGAUGCCGUCACAGUUCUCCAGUCAUACAUGGAGCCGGAAAGACAACUCAAAUGCUGGGCUAUCCUAGAACGUGUCUGUGAAUCCAAGAUAAGACCAAUUUUCGCCAAGACCAAAAACCCAUCUAUCACAGCCAGUGGUCGUAAAAAUCUUCACCCACUACCUCAACCGAGAUUUGAUGAGAGUCUUUUUGAUCCCGAGGCCAAGCCUUGGAAGCACAAGGAUGUUUAUACGACGACUGUUCUGGAGUGGAUUCUUGCACAAUAUACUUCCUCGGAUAUCAACCGCCUAGAGAACCAGUUUCACUUUUAUGUUCCGCCAAUAUUGUCCCUUAUUGACGACGAGAGCUCAUCUUUCAAAUACCGCGGCUGCAACCUCUUAAUAAAGUUUCUCACACCAAUUCGAGAAAGUGACUCUGAUCUUCUAAGACGCACAAACCUUUCCUCGGUCUUUGAUGACGCGCUCACGUCAUGUCUCCUCUCCCUCCCGACAAUAACCCCUGAAGACGAGUCACUGCAGCUUCUUGGCGUAGCCUACCCAGCUCUCCUGCUAACAUUGAAAGCUCGCUGUCAUACUGAUCGAGACACAAAACUUAGCCAGCUCGCUACCAAGCAGGAUGACAGGACAUUAUACAUCACCCGUCUCAUAACCCUCCUUCGUGACAACGUCAUAUCAUCCUUCCACCACGUCAGCUCAUACUCCCCUGCCUCCGCAAAUGAGGAGAUCUCAUCUCUCGCAUCUUUCCCAUACCCAAGGCUAUCUACAUUCCUCCUCCACCAGUUGGCAAAACUCAUCCAGGAACUCGGGAUCCAUACAACAAAGUACUUACAAGAAAUCGUGCCGGUUGUUUAUAGUACAUUGUCAAACCCGUUCGGCACGGCAUAUAUGCCCUUACUUCUUGCUGGUAUUGCAACCACGCAAGCUGUCAUCUUGAAUGGGCAUCCACGUAUAUGGCGGUAUAGGGGUGAUCUUUUAGCUGCUAUGUGUCAAUGCUGGAUCAACGUCACUCGAGAUGAGUCUAGCACGAAGGACUCGGAACAGAAAUUGCAGUUGCGUAAUGUUUUACCAAAGCUGCAAGGGGCCGUAUAUCUAUUGAAGCUAAGUGUGAGGGGGGCAACUUCUACAAGGAUUGGAAGCGAAGAGGGUUCAGACUUAGUCGGGCUGGUGGAUGAUAAGGAUGUCAAUAUAGACGACGAUGUUAAGGCUCUUGUUGAAGUAGACGAGCAGUUGAAGGGGCUGCUCCAGAUAGAUGAUGUAGACUUGGAUGAUAGUUACUUCUUCAAAUGA